GCCGCCGCUGUUUAAUCAACUAUCCGACAAAACGCUGCCACGCAGGAUAACGUGACGGCUUUACUGAGAGACCACAGAGACGGAGACACACGGGAGAGGACACUAUGUCAAAGGAGACGAGAGGAAAAGGUUCAUCACGAAAGCACAGCGCCUCUCAUUGGUGUCUGCAGAAUAUCGCACAAGAAUCAGUUGACAGCUCAGAUGAGGAGUUCUUUGAUGCCAGAGAUGUUAUGGAGGGAAAGAGCGCCAUUCUGCUGGGCAUGAGUCAGUGGAACUCAAAUGACCUCGUGGAGCAGAUCGAAACUCUGGGACACAUGGAGGACCAGUCACAUGAGGGUCUCUACCAGCUGGGUGGUCCACGCUGUGCCCCUCAGAGCAGCAUUGAAGGACUGGAGGACAUAGAGAGGAAAUGCAAAACCCAUGUGCUGCUGCUGGUGGUGCACGGGGGAAACAUCUUGGACACAGCAGGCGGAGACCCCAGCACAAAGGCUGGCGAUGUGGCCACUCUGGCCUCGGUGCUGGAGAAGGUGACACGAGCGCAUUUCCAGGCUGCUGCAGAACACGUAAUGAUCAAGCUGGUGCCAUGUCCGGCCGUGUGUGCUGAAGCCUUCUCCCUGGUGUCCAAUCUGAACCCAUACAGCUAUGAUGAAAGCUGUGUGUCCAGCAGCGUGGACCACCUACCCUUGGCUGCUCUCCCGCUCCUCGCUAUUGUCUCACCGCGCUACCAGGAUGCUGUAGCGACCGUCAUCGCGCGGGCCAACCAGGUCUACCGCAGCUUCCUGCAGUCAGAGGAUGGCCAGGGAUUCACUGGUCAGGUAUGCCUGAUGGGUGACUGUGUGGGAGGUGUGCUGUGCUUUGACGCUUUGUGCUUCAGCAACCACCAGAGACCUGGCAGCCCCAACAACAGCAGCAGGAACAACAGCACCGAGAGCCUGAAGGAUAAUUCGGGCCUGCUCGGGGAGUCCAGCCCAGGUCUGAGCUCUAGCAAGAGGCUGAGCAAGAGCAACAUCGACAUCUCUGCCCCCAACGAAGGGCACGGUCAGGGUGGACCGCCUCUCAGCCGAAAGCAGAGCGACUCGUAUGAUGGAGAUACCUCGUCCACUGGCCAGCACACCUUUUUUUCCAGUUUGAUGAAAGACAGUGUAGAGCUGCGCGGCAGCAGUAGCACCACUCUGGUGUUGAACCCGGGCCGAUUCGACUUUGAGGUGUCAGACUGCUUCCUGCUGGGCUGUCCGCUGGGCCUUGUGCUGGCCAUGAGACGCACUGUGCUUCCUGCCGUCCAGGUGAGCCAGCUCCAUCCAGCCUGCAAUCAGAUUUUCAACCUGUUCUACCCUUCGGACCCUUCAGCCUCCAGACUCGAGCCACUGCUGCAACCUCUCUUCCACAAGUUACCACCAUUUGCUGUGCCACGCUACCAGCGCUACCCCCUAGGAGAUGGACGCUCAAUGCUCAUUGCGGAAGGUAUCCAAGGCCAUCCAGACGUGUUUUUGGAAGGUGAGCAAACUCACGUAGGUCCAGCUUCACAGCAGUCCUCUGAGACAAAGCCUGAAGGUGGAGGAGGAGAAGAGGGAGGUCGCAGAGCCAGCGUGACCAGUGUGGAAAGUGAAACGUCGAUUUGCUCCAUAGGCCAGCUGGGCAACACCAUUACUAACAUUUCCAGUAGCUGGUGGGGCUCCAAAAGGCUGGACUAUGCUCUGUACUGCCCUGAUGUGCUCACCGCCUUCCCAACAGUGGCGCUGCCUCACCUUUUUCAUGCCUCCUACUGGGAGUCCACUGACGUAGCAGCUUUUGUUCUCCGACAGCUCAUGCGAUGUGACUGUGUGAAGACACAGGAAGCGGACAAUUUGGACUCGGCUCCAUUCUCUCCCUCCAGCCCACGAGAAAAAUGGCUCAGGAGGAGGACACAUGUCAAACUAAGGAACGUCACAGCCAACCACAGAGUGAAUGAUGUCAUUGCCACAGAGGACGGACCUCAAACUCUGGUCGGUCGCUUCAUGUACGGCCCCUUGGACAUGGUCACUCUGACUGGGGAAAAGGUGGACAUCCUGCUGAUGACACAGCCUCAGUCUGGCCGCUGGGUGCACUUUGACACAGAGGUGACCAACAGCAGCGGCAGGGUCACAUAUACCAUACCCAGAAGCAAGAAGCUCGCCCUGGGAGUCUAUCCGAUUAAAAUGGUGGUCAAGGGAGAUCAGACAAGUGCAGAGGCCUACCUGACUGUGUUGCCACGGGGCAUGGAGUGUGUGGUCUUCAGCAUCGAUGGCUCUUUUGCUGCCAGUGUGUCAAUCAUGGGCAGCGACCCCAAGGUCCGCCCUGGAGCUGUCGACGUCGUCAGACACUGGCAGGACCUGGGGUAUCUGAUCAUCUACAUCACAGGCCGCCCUGAUAUGCAGAAACAGCGUGUGGUAUCUUGGCUCUCGCAGCACAAUUUUCCCCACGGGAUGAUCUUCUUUUCUGAAGGCCUGGUUCAUGAUCCCCUGCGACAAAAGACCAUCUUCCUCAGGAACCUCAUACAGGAGUGUCACAUUAAGAUCAACUCUGCUUAUGGCUCCAUGAAGGACAUCUCUGUUUACAACAUGCUUGGCCUCAGCCCGUCACAGAUUUAUAUUGUUGGCAGACCUUCGAAGAAGUACCAAAAUCAAUGCCAGUUCUUGAGUGAGGGCUAUGCAGCACACCUCUCCACCCUUCAGUUUGGGCACAGAGCCAGACCCAAGAAAUCACCUUCGGUUCGUAUGGUCCUAAGGAAAGGCUCAUUUGGUCUCUCAGCGAAGCCUGACUUCCUAUGUAAGCGUACCCACCUGCGCAGGACCAUGUCGGUGCAACAGCCCGACCCGCCGUGCACACCCAACCCCAAGCCUGAGCGAGCCCAGAGCCAGCCGGAGUCUGAUAAGGACCACGGGGGAGGAGGAGGAGGAGGGGGUGGAGGUGGAGGUGGCCUACAAGGUGGCGUACAAGGUGCAUGGGGACGGGCCUCCAUACAUCGUGGAGACACGACUCCCUGACGUCAAAAAAGAGAUGGAAGGAUUGAAGGACAGAAGAAGAGGAAAACAAAGGGGUCUUAAUGUCCAGGGCCAAGUGUCACCUCUAUCUACUGUACAUGUACAUUGGAUCCUCUGCUGGUAUCCCUCACAGCUCCACUUUACCUCCUCCUCGGCCCUCUACACUUUUUCACCUGUUCGGCCUUUUUUUGUGACUUGUGGAUAAUAUCACUUAGUCUUCGUGCCUGAAAUUUUAAGAAGACGCCAGGGAGGGCAGUGAUCUUUCCGAAUGUCUGUGUCAAGCUCAAAUUGUGUCCAAUUGUAAAAUCAGAAGAAUGUACUUAAGAUCAUAAAUAUACACACAUAUUCAUGCACGCGUGCUUCAGGGGACGAAAAAUGUGGCCCCUGUGAUGACUUUGAACACACUGAGACUUUGCCCCAGCUCAAGCAGAAAAUUACAAGAUACCGUACCACACUCUGAUCCCAUUCAGACUGCUGUGCUGACAGGUGGUCAUCUUGACUGACCCUUGCACAGAUGUAAAUACUCAACACACAUCCUCCCUGUGUGGACCUCUGGACACAGAAGCACUGUGACAUUUAUGUUAAAUCUGUACAUGAGCUCUGCGAUCUGGAGCCUAAAUCAGUCGACCUCGCUGAACCCUGGCUUCUGCCUCCAUUUCACUCCCACUAUUAGAUGUCUCCUUCACGUUGAGGCUGGCAUACUACCCUCCCUUGCCCCAUCCUUCCCCUCAACCAGUCAGGCAGAACAUGCCUUUCGACAGCCGCCUCAGACCGGGUCUGCAGCCGCUGGAGUGGCAUGGUGUGCACGACUCAGUCCCAGAGGUCGCAUUUGCACUAUCCAAGUACAUCGCAGUUGUUCGCUAUUUAGCUGCGGUACUAGCUUCAGAAACAAAGAGUUGUAUUUGUAUUCUAUUGUACGUGUAGUUUUUGUUUUUCCUGCAGAUCGUGCACUGUCGCUUUCUGUUGGUCACUGUAACUACUGGAGGAUUAAACAGAAAAAGUAGGAAAGUGUUGGCUUGGCCAAAAAAAAGUUUACAGAUUGAUAGACACCGCUGUAAAAAGUGAUCAGCUCUUGGUUAUCUACAUAAUUACAAUGACAGUGAAAUCAUCACUACAGGCAACGCCAGUUUAGUUGCUUGGUAGUUGCAGUAGCUUUCAGGAUAUUGUACAAUAGACCCCAUGUCAGUUGAAACUUCACCAGGAUGCCGUUGCAUCCAUGUAUUACAGCUGCAGUGGAACCAAUAGAUUUGUGAUGAAAUCCGAUGCCGUCUUGUGCACACAAGUUGAAUUGAGUCUUACUGUUGCCAUGUUUAAAACUCUGUGCAAGUCAAACAUAUUUUUCUAUGAGGAAAUAUUGUAAAUAGAAAUAUUUUCAAUGUAUGUUUUCGAACCUUUUGUUGUUUGACUUGUUGAAUGGUUGAUUUUUGCCUUAAAUUGUAUUUGAUGUGGUGUAGAGAUACAAAAUUAUUUGUUCGACCGAAGUAUUGGGUUUUACUGUUACAUCAUGACAAAGUGCAUUUUAACUAGUUGAUAUUUUGCUUUUACGUGUUUUAGAUACUGUAUAACUGUGUGUGUGCGUGUGUGUGCGAGUGUCUAGGUAUUUGUUGUGGAGUUGUACUUACUAUGAAGACAGCAAUGGCGAGUAAAGGCCUCUGCAGAGGAAUCGGUGGAUGCAGGGAGGGCCAGUGUUAACAUGCCUGUGUAUUCUCACUGCAGCUCACUUCUGUGGGCUUUUCAGAACUGAGUGUGUCGGAGGAUUACAUGGUCGAGGUUUUUCUACCUGCUAUGAAAGAAAAAGGGCUUAUGAGUUCUUAGGGUGUCGUGGUUUAACAGAAAACCUGCAUAGCAGAGUGGAACAUGCAAGCCGGGAGGAAGCUAUCUUUGACUCUUUUUCUUUCACCUCCUGUACAACAUAGGUGGUCCAGUAAUUAGCUAUUUGAUUACUACUAAGUAUGUAUGACUCCCUGUAGUGACGCCCCUGUAAUUGUAGUGCACCAGUUAGCAUUACUUGGUAAUUGUAUGAUACUGUAGAAACAAUACUGAAGUACUUAUCUCGAUUUUGUUUUGCAUUUAAAUUGCUAACACAGAAGCGAAAUGAUCAUUCCCAUCAAUGUACACACAAUAAUCAAAGUGACUUCAUCGGUCUGUAAAACUCAUAGUGAUAUUUUCCUGCCAUGAUGAUACGCCAAAGGAGUGAAAUAUAAUAAUAUCAUAAGCUGGACAGCAUUUUAUUACACCAGUGUUAGUAAAUGGCAAAUAAUGAUCUAAUGGUUAAAUGAUGAUUGUUCUGUGCUUGUUAAUUAAUGGCUGUAAUGGCUAUCAGUUGUCAGGUUUGUGGUACUCUCAACUACUAAUCGUGUAGUUAUUUGUAAUAACUGAUAAAUAGUUAUUCAUGGACAUGAAUUCAGUCACCACCACUAAAAUCAAAAUAAGUACUUAAAUCUAUGAUAAAUAAGUGUAAGUGUAAAUGAGGCAAGGCAUUGUUCAUAAAGACUGAAGUUACCUUUUACUUUUACCUCAGACUUUCACUCAUUCAGUGAAAUUAAUAGAAACUGAUGCAGUAAAUCAUAUGAAUUCCAUUUUCAUGUCAUUCUUAGAUAAUAAAGGUGAAUUAUCCUUAAUAAUAAAAGAACCGCAAUCACAUUACAAAAUGUGAAAUGAUUCUAUUUAUCGAGAGAUUUAAGUGUUACACUAUUAUUGUCUUGAAAUAAAUAUGACUGACCUCUCACUGAGUACUAAUUAAUGUUGUCAAAUGAUUAGUAUUCACCAAAUCAUGACUUAACUCUUGGGUAUUGACCUAAUUUGCCAUUUAUUAACAAUUCUUAUGACUUAUAAAGUAAGCUUUUGUAAGUUAACUUACGUGGUGUGAACAGUUUCUAUUUAUUUUCGUGGUCUUAUUUUUGGUCUUAUGAGUAUUUGACACUGGCCUUUUGACCAAUGAGGAAAAAAAACACCUGGUUUCACUGCUGCAGAGUUUAUUGUUUUGUACAGAUCUUCUGUGAUGAUAAACAUGCUAUUGUGUUUAUG